UCAUCUAAACAUCUCUGUUGAAGCAUAGGUACAAAGUACAAACUAACGUUAGGACUUUGAAUGUAAGAACUAGGAACUCGUUUAGUGUAGUCUUUUGAUGCAUUGCAUUUAUAACGAAGAGGAAGACCUGUCUGGUUGUAUGUUCAUUAACACGUGCUCGCGUUCAUUUGAGUUUCAUGUUAGAUUACUACUAUUUCGUGGAUCACUUCACUUAGGUAGAUCACUCAAGAUGUCCACUAAUCAAACACACGAAGGAAAUCGUAUUGUCGGUAGCAGCAACGAUCGUUUUGUAUAUCUUUACAACGUACCAAACUUACAAGAAAUAACAUCAUACCAAGUAGCUCAAAGAAUAUGGUGCAGUGGCUCGGAGAAAAUUCAGCUUGAAAAUGAGCAAGAUUGUUCUCAUCAAGAACGUUUUGUACAACUGAGACAGGAUUUGAAUAUUCCUAGUUGCAUUGGAGAUAUACUCGAAAAUGAACUACUGAAAGUUGAUCGAAGGAUUAAACAAUGGGGGCAACAUUUUUUAUUUUACAUGGAAUUUCCCAAGAAAUUUUCCAAGUACGAUUAUGAUAUUCCUAGCAUUGAUCCUAACUGGUUUGUUUGGUCGAUGAAUGGUGAAAUCGACUGCAGAAAAACUGCCAAAAACAUGCUACAAGUCGACUGUUUGACCAACGUGCAUAAAUUUAUUAUUAUGAGCGUCUAUUGCUUGGAAGAAGAGAUGAAAGAAUUUUCGUUGGAUUCGCUUCCGGCAGAAUUUUAUGCAAAUAUGACACGUUCCAACGGCUGGGUAUUUUUUUAUUGGAUUUGUUACCUUCGAAAUGAACUGUGUAAAGUGGCAUAUUACGCCCUAGCAGUGAACUUCAAUAUUCGUGAUCGGUUCAUAAACUAUUACUUCUGGAGCCUUUCAAGUGACUAUGAUCAGGUAGCAAUCGCCAAAGAUUGGAUUUAUCGAGCUUUCGACGAGUACGGGAUAAAUGACCAAUAUUACAACACUUCGACUUGCGCAUUUUUGGAGCAAACAAUUUCUAAAAUGAAUUGCAAUCAGCAAAGACGUUUGUUUGCAAAACUUUCUGAUAUCGGAAUGGGAAUAUUUUCUUUCUUCAUGUGCUAUUCCGAUUCUCCACGAUGUGCACUUUGCAUUUGGAGACAUACUAAAAAUCACAUCAAAGAGAUAGAAUUUUCGGUAAUUAUCCUUCAGCAAAUCUUUCGUACUAAACGUAAUCCUGCAUUGAUGUCUUCAUUGGUUGAGAUUUGGGAUACUGCUUCUGAUUCUCAAAGAAAUUACCUGAUUCACGUCCAAUCCCGGCUGUGCUCAUACAUUCACUGUUGUCUGGACGGCCCCAGCCUUCUAGAAUUUGUCAACAAAUUACUUUAUCAUUUCUCUUCAGAAGAGAGGAAAAAACUGAUUUUCAAGGUAGCUGAAAGCCCUUUUUUUUUCAAGUGUAGUUCUGAAUCGUUCAACUUUUUAGUGAACUCAUUUUUGCCAGACUUCAAAGACCAAUUGGCGUUGAAAGAAUUCGUAUUGCAGUCUCGCCAUUUCAAAAAAUAUUUAUAUGGUUUGUUAAUCCGUGAUCAAGAGUAUGAAAAAUUCGCUGGAAAAAUAAAAUUUUAUUGUUCUUAUGAUGCAAGAACUGCACAAGUAUUCACAGAACAGUUCCUGAAAAAAGAAUUAAGAGCACACUCUUGUGAAAUUGGCCUCAUUACCGACGUCAAUAAAUGGAAUAAAUUCAGCGAAUUUAUCGACGAAACUUUUGAAAACGAUCUUACCUCAAGAUUGGUGGUGAAGCGAAAGUUCGUAUCAAGGAUGGCCACCUUUGCCUACAAAAACUCUAAAAAUUUUGAAAUCCUUUAUAAUCGUUUCGAUGAUCUCGUGAAAGUUGUUGAAAUGGUAUUUGUAGACGAUGAGUUGAAAAAAGUGAAACGUUCGUUUUUUAUUCCUUAUGAGCAGCUCCUUCUGCGUUUUCGUGAUCAUGAUCGUAGUAAUCCUUAUUUUACUUUUUUCUCGGGGGAGCAGAGUGAGGUCACGAGCGUGGCCCUGAAUUAUAAAAUGUUUAACGAAAAGUUGACCGAGUGGUGGUCAAAGGACGAUAUCGAGAAGUAAUUUUAUCCGCUGAUUUGUCAAUGUGAAAUGUACGUAUAAAUUGAAUAAAAGUUACUCAGUUUGAGGCUAAUUUGAGACGUUGAUUUGCUACAGUAUAGGAAGUAAUUCAUAAUCAUAACGUUUUUAAAAACUUGUCACUAAUUUUAAUCCAAUUUGCCUUUCCAUGUAUUUGUUGAAUUGUUACUAAAAGAAGAUUAAAUCAUUUUUUUACGCUUCAGAA